AUGUGUGUUUGUGUAUUAUCAUUAUUGCCAAUUGAAAAGGGAAAAUGUAGAGAAAGAUUUGAUCCCAUGAGAUGUAAUCAAAUAUUGAAAGCAACUUUACGAGCGUCACACGGUAUUAGCUUUCAUGAUGCGCAAUUUGGAAGAUUACAUUUUGAAGGCAGUCACUCGUUAAAAUCUUCAAAACGAAAGCUCCUUGAACAAGUACUUCAAAAAUGUGUAAUCUGA